UCAGUAGGGGCGCGCGGUUUAGACUUCUGCUCUUUAAAAACGGCGUGUAAACUGAGAUGCUCCCAUAGAGAGCCGAGCGCGGCAGCAGUCGUUUGGGUUAACGGCAGCGGGCGGCCUUCCAGCGCCCUCACCCACAGCUGCGCUGGCACGUGCGCGCUCCGCCACCCCUCGCCCUCAAGUUAGGCUUGUCCCGGAAAGCUUCAGACCGACCGCCUUCGCCCCCCCAACUUCCCUCUCCGGCACGCGCUCCGGCACGCGCUCCGUCUGGUUAGAUAGUUAAAGGGGCGGGGGGUUGGGGGGGGAAUGUCAGAAGCUCCUUCUACUUCUGGAAAAGCAGCUUUGCAGCAGUCCCCGUUUGCCCCCGCGCUGCUUUGGCACCAUGGACACCGCCGCGGUUGCAGCCGUCCCUGCCCGCAUGUUGCUUCUCCUCAGCUUGCUCCGGUUGCCGUCCGGACUGGGGACGCGCCAAAGAAGCUGCCCGGGCUUCUGUCACUGUGAGCCAGACGGGAUGCUCCUGCGGGUGGACUGCGCCGACCUGGGCCUCACAGAUAUGCCCGCCAACCUCAGCAUCUUCACCUCUUACUUAGACCUCAGUAUGAAUAAUAUCUCUAAACUGCCCUUGAACUCUCUGCAUAAAUUCCGCUUCCUCGAAGAGCUGCGUCUGGCAGGAAAUAGCUUGACAUAUAUUCCCAAAGGAGCAUUUGCUGGACUCUUUAGACUUAAAGUAUUAAUGCUUCAGAAUAACCUGUUAAGACAAGUUCCUUCUGAAGCACUUCAGAACCUACACUCUCUUCAGUCUCUACGGCUUGAUGCUAACCAUAUUAGCUUCAUACCUUCCAACUGUUUCAGCGGCUUGGUGUCACUUAGAUAUCUGUGGCUAGAUGAUAACUCUUUGACCGAAAUUCCAGUGCAAGCUUUGAGAAGUUUGCCAGCACUUCAGGCAAUGACACUUGCACUCAACAAAAUCUACUACAUUCCAGAUUAUGCUUUUGGAAAUCUCUCCAAUUUAGUAGUGCUGCAUCUUCAUAACAAUAGAAUCAACUUCUUGGGAAAGAAAUGCUUCAAUGGCCUCCAUAGCCUAGAGACUUUAGAUUUAAAUUACAACAAUCUGAAUGAAUUUCCCACUUCUGUCAAUGUCCUCAGAAACCUGAAAGAACUAGGAUUUCAUAAUAAUAACAUAAGGUCAAUACCUGAACAGGCAUUUAUGGGCAAUCCAUCACUUACAGCAAUCCAUUUUUAUGAUAAUCCUAUCCAGACUGUGGGAAAGUCUGCUUUUCACCAUUUACCUGAACUCAGAACCCUAACAUUAAAUGGUGUUUCAGAGAUGACAGACUUUCCUGAUUUGACUGGGACAACAAACCUGGAAAGCUUGAUCCUUACAGGAUCUAGGAUCACAACUCUUCCAGAAUCAAUUUGUGAGCACCUCCCUAAUCUCCAAAUACUAGACCUUUCAUAUAAUCAUCUGGAAGAAUUGCCCUGUUUUACAGCUUGUGAAAAACUUCAGAAAAUUGCUUUACAUCACAAUGAAAUAUAUGAAAUCCAUGCAAAUGCAUUUCAGCAGCUGGUUGCCCUCCGUUCCCUGGAUUUAGCUUGGAAUAAAAUCUCCAUUAUUCAUGCCAAUGCAUUUUCUUCUUUACGGUCCCUUACUAAAAUGGAUCUGUCUUCCAACCUUUUGUCUUCUCUUCCUAUAAUUGGUCUAGAUGGUUUAACUCAUUUAAAAUUAACAGGAAAUUAUCCACUUCAAAGUUUGAUAUCAUCUGAAAACUUUCCAGAACUCAAGGUGAUGGAAAUGCCUUACACUUAUCAAUGCUGUGCCUUUAGAGCCCAGGACAACCAUUAUAAAAUGCAAAAUCAAUUGAACAAAGCUGAGAAUGGCAGUGCUUAUGAAUUUCAAAGGAAAGAUAGCAGCAGUUUCCAUACAACUGAUGAGCAUGAUUUUGUGGAUUUUUCUCUUGACUUCAGUGAAGAUCUGAAAACUCAUCAUUCAGUUCGAUGUUCUCCUUCUCCAGGACCUUUCAAGCCCUGUGAUUGCCUCUUUGGUAGUUGGCUGAUCAGAGUUGGAGUUUGGACGCUAAUAUUUUUAGCCUUUAUUUGUAAUAUACUGGUGAUUGCAACAAUCUUUCAAGUUCCACAGUUCAUCUCCUCCAUAAAGUUUAUAACUGGACAAAUAGCUAUUGUAAAUACUCUCAUGGUUGUGUCUAGCAGUGUGCUUGCUAGUGUGGAUGCAUUAACCUAUGGAGACUUUGCUCAAUAUGGAACUUGGUGGGAAGAUGGAAUUGUUUGUCAUAUCAUUGGAAUUCUUUCUGUCUUUGCUUCAGAGGCUUCUAUUUUCUUGCUCACCUUAGCAACUGUUGAGCGUGUGUUUUCUGUGAAGUAUAGAACAAAAUUUGAACACACUCUAGCUAAUAUAAAAAUAGCCACCAUCUUUUGUUUUGUGCUGGCUUUAAUAAUUGCUGUGAUUCCAGUGCUCAGUGACAGUGAAUAUGGAGGUUCUCCCUUAUGCAUACCAUUACCUUUUGGAAGACUAUCAGGUGUGGGUUAUACAGUAGCAAUGGUCUUAAUGAACUCUUUUUGUUUUCUUGUAAUGACAGUAGCAUACACAAAACUCUACUGUAGUCUGGACAAGGAAGAAAUGGAUAGUAUUUUGGAUUGUUCCAUGAUCAAACACGUAGCCUUAUUACUUUUUAUUAACUGCAUUCUCUAUUGUCCUGUGGCCAUCUUAUCAUUUUCAUCAUUAUUAAACCUUCGUUUUAUUGGCCCUGAAGUCAUCAAACCAAUACUUUUAGUGAUUGUUCCCCUUCCUGCAUGUCUAAACCCACUUCUCUACAUACUUUUUAAUCCUCAUUUCAGGAAGGACCUGAGAAGCUUUCAAAAGCAGUCAUUUGGAUGGAAAAAAGCAAAAGAUGCUAGUUUGGUUUCUGUCAAUUCAGAGGAUGCAGAGAAACAGUCAUGUAAUUCAACCCAAGCUCUAGUAACCUUUGCAAGUGCCAGAAUAUCAUAUGAUGUUGUUCCCAGCAAUCCAGUAGGGCCAUCAUUCAGUGAAAGCUGUAACCUUUCAUCCAUCACAUUUGUCCCAUGCCACUAACUUCAUUCAGAGGUAGCGAUGAGGUUUACAAAAAAAUUAAAAAAUAGAUGAAUGUGCAGGUAUUGCUUGUAAAGAGAGAAGCAACCAAUUACUCUGAUUUUAAGGGAAAGGAAACUGAAAUUGUGAAAUUUAAUACAGAUAGUCCUCGACCUACAAUCACAAUUGA